AAAGGCGGGUGACCCCGGGAGGGAUGUCGACGGCGGCCUUUCACGGGGACCUUUGGCAGCGGCAGCCGGCGUACGCCGUACUUUCUCGCUCGACAUACGGCCGGGGGAACAGCGUGAGGGAACUGUGAGAGGAAGGUGGGCGAGGAGAGAGGGUGCCUAGUAUGUAGUGCGCAUGCGGCCGGCCUCACGUGACUUUCCCCUCAGCAACCGAGAGGGUGACGAAGUGCGCUUGCGCGUGGCCUCCAGGUACAGGCUCGAAGGCUGUUUGGCUGUCACGGGCCUUCGCCCGCGGCGUCAUCCUGAAGCGCCAAAAGGCCCCCGGCCAUGUCGCUUUCCCCGCUGGCGAUUCUGCUGGGCGUCGCUGCCUGCGCCUGGUGCCUGGACAACGGCCUGCUGGCGACGCCGCCCAUGGGCUGGGUGCCCUGGGAGCGCUUCAGGUGCAACACGGACUGCACCACCGACCCGGAGAACUGCAUCAGUGAAAACUUGAUCAAGGCUAUGGCAGACAGGCUGGCUAGUGAUGGGUGGAAGAAACUUGGCUAUGAGUAUGUCAACCUGGACGAUUGCUGGGCAGCAGAGAAAAGAGAUGCUCAGGGCAGGCUCCAGGCAAACCCGGGAAGGUUCCCCAGUGGCAUUAAAGCUCUCGCUGAUUACGUGCAUUCGAAAGGCUUGAAAUUCGGCAUCUACAGUGACAUGGGCAACGCAACCUGCGAGGGCUACCCUGGGACAACCCUGGAGACCGUUGAGACGGAUGCCAAGACCUUCGCAGAGUGGGGGGUCGACAUGCUGAAGCUGGACGGCUGCUUUUCCAAUUCCUCCUUCAAGGCAGUAGGCUAUCCAAAGAUGAGCGCGGCGUUGAACAAAACAGGACGGCCAAUUGCUUUCUCCUGCAGCUGGCCAGCCUAUGAAGGGGGCCUGCCCCCAAAGGUGAAUUAUACUUUACUUGGCAAAAUAUGCAACUUGUGGAGAAAUUAUGUUGAUAUUGACGACUCCUGGGACACCCUCUUGCACAUCAUUGAGUGGUACGGAGAUCAUCAGGAUACGUUGCAACCUGUGGCUGGGCCGGGCAGGUGGAAUGACCCCGACAUGCUGAUCAUUGGUGACUUUGGCCUGAGUCAGGAGCAGUCUAAAGUGCAGGUGGCGAUGUGGGCUGUCCUGGCUGCCCCGUUCUUCAUGUCCUGUAACUUACGGACCAUCUCGGAUGAGGCCAAGGACAUAUUGCAGAAUCCGCUGCUGAUCUACAUCAACCAAGAUUCUCUAGGAGUUCCAGGCAAGCGUAUUUCAAAGAGCCGCUACUUCGAAGUGUGGAAGAGGCCUCUUGUCAACGGCCAGUAUGCGAUCUCUGUGAUGAACAACGGUACCGAUGGGACGCCGAGGCCUUUUGCAACUACGCUGGGACGCCUGAGUGUCUCGGACUGCAGGGAAGGCUACAAGAUCUAUGAUGUGCUGGGCAAGCUCUUCAUGGGAGAGUAUAAGCUCAACGAGACGAUUAGUAGCAAGGUUACCCCAACCGGCGUGGUCCUGCUCUUUCUCAAGCCUCUGUGCUAACCCUCCAGCUCGUCAGGGGAAUGCCACGCUCCAAGUGUUGCAAAAAGUGGAGCCGAGGCUGGCGUUCAGCACAAGCUGCUGCUGCUGCUUCCUCUGGCUUGCAGAGAAGUUUGGUAUCAGGCUUGGGGUAUAAACUGAAUUCCGAAAGAACUGUUUCUCCCCACCCCACCCCAAAUCUCUCUUCUGUUUGCUUUGGGGCUACUUAAAACUUGCCCCCGGAAGGUCUGUAUCUAGAUAGACAGAAGAGCAUUUUCAGAUCCUCCAAAGAAGAAGCCUUCCUGGCAAUCCCCUUUUUGAACGAGAGAAAUGCAAAGGAAAGAGGGCCCGGUUGCCCCUGCAACACGGAGGGUUUCCACCAAAGCACAGCGGUUGCACGCAGCAAGAUGGCCUUGUGUGCGCUUGUUGCACAUGACAGGGUUGCACUUUUCCCCAGACGAGCAAUCAUUGCGUAGCAAAGUUGUCACACAUGAAGCAGCCCUUAUAGGCCGCAGGGGCAGCUUUGCAGCUAUUUGUGCAAUCCUCCCUCUUUCUUAUUAGGAUGGUCCAGGAACCCAUUGCUGUCUGGCAGAAGUAUCCUGUUGUGGGAUGCUCAGGUCUUCAGUGCCUCCCACCAAUCAGUGGAGUUGUACCAGUUUAAAUGGUGGCCCUCUUGUAAGUCUUUCCAAAGGCUGGCCUGGCUGCUUGUCUUCCUCACAAUCAGAUCCCCAGAUCCACACUGCUGAAUGAGAGAAGGGGCCUUGGUAUCUUCCCUCUACUGGGGAAAGGAUGUCUUAGGCGCACCUGGGAUGGUACCUGAUAUUGGCCAGCCAAGGGACGCUUCCUGACACCUGCUGGUUUUCUUCUGUCUGGUGGGAGAAAGCCUCUUCCGCUGCCACAGCCCUGACAGCAGUGUUUUCCCCUGAAGGCUGCCUUCCGCCAGCACCUUUUCCACACACCUCCUCCCCUCUACUUCAGUUGGUCACGAUUAGUCUGGGAGUGAAUCUGUCCAAUUCUUUGGGUCAAUAGAGCAAACAAAAUGUUCAUAAAACAAAGUUUUGUGCACUUCUAAUUUGAAAAGCAAUCAGUUGCACGUUAAUGAACUGUACUGAAUAAACAUGGCGUAUUAUUAUUAUUUUA